UGCACGUCCGAUCACAGUUCCAACCGCGGUGUUGCAGUCUCUCAGUGGAAGAACAAAUUUGUAAGCAUGCCGGAAUAUGGAGGCGCGUAAUGAUUUCGUUUGAUUCACGUAGAGAAGCAACCGAGUGAUAUAUGUGUCAUUAUGUUGAAUACGUUGUCCCGGCGAAUAACGAGUCUACUUAAUCGUCGGAUUGUUCACGUACGCAGAGAAGUGAGAUACGAGACUACGCAUGAGGUUUGGCGAAAGGUUAGGAAGAUGGCCGACGAACCGUUACCACCGUCGAGAGCGGACCCGGUUAUAGCGACGUUGAACAGCCCGGAAUUCCUUUCCAUGUUUACGCCAGAACUGAAGACUCUCGUCAACCUGUUCGAGAAGUACAACUACGAGCUGAGGAUCGCCGGCGGCGCCGUGCGUGACAUUUUGAUGAACAAACACCCGAAGGAUCUCGACUUCGCGACCAGUGCGACUCCGGAUCAGAUGAGGGAGAUGUUUAUGAAGGAAGAGAUCAGAAUGUUGAAUAUGAAAGGUGAGAGGCACGGUACCGUGACAGCGAGGAUAAACGACAAGGAGAACUUCGAGGUGACCACUCUAAGGAUUGACAUUAUGACGGAUGGACGGCACGCGCAGGUGGAAUUCACCAAGAACUGGAAGUUGGAUGCGUGCAGGCGAGAUCUGACUAUUAAUUCCAUGUAUCUCGACUUCAAUGGCAAUUUAUACGACCAUUUCUAUGGCUACGAUGAUCUCAAGAACAGAAAAAUAAAUUUCGUAGGCAAUGUUCAUACUAGGAUACGCGAGGAUUAUCUUCGAAUUUUCAGGUACUUCCGUUUCUACGGAAGGAUCGUGGACAGCCCCGAUCAGCACGACGAAACUACGAUAAAAGCGAUAAAAGAAAACAUCGAUGGGUUACAAAGAAUAUCCGGUGAGAGAAUUUGGAACGAAUUGAGCAAGAUCUUAACGGGGAAAUUUGCCGUGGAAUUGAUGUUGAAAAUGUUGGAAUGCGGCAGCGGUGAAUACAUAGGUCUACCCGAAGAACCCGACGUGGAGAGCUUUCAAGUUGUUUGUCGACGCGCAUUGUCCAACAAUAUGACUUUAAAGCCGAUAUCUAUGAUCGUGUCGUUGCUAAAAAAUCAGGAGGAUGUUAUGAAUCUACACGGUCGCUUGAAAUUGUCCAGUUCCGAUCGAGACCUGGCGUUGUUUCUAAUUCAACACAGAGAAUACAUUCCCUGCGAACGGCCGUUAAAGCCGUACCAGCAGUUGGUGUUUAUUCAACAGAUGAAUAGGUACGACGUCUAUCGGGAAUACGUAAGAGAAGUAUUGAAGUACCAAGGAGCCGUACAACUAUUGGACGAAUUUGAGAAAUGGGUAAUUCCGAGAUUUCCCAUCGGCGGCACCAUGUUGAAAAGCUAUGUGCGACAUCCGAAAAUGAUCGGCAUGGUUUUAACGGAAUUGAAGAGGAUAUGGAUAAACGACGACUUUAAAAACACUGUUGAUGAACUUAUGGAACAUGUACCACGCAUAGUUAACGAAUUAGACAAUAAAAGGAAAAAAUAAUUGA